AUGGCGGACUCGGUUAGCGACGAAAAGGUGCAGCAGUUUAGCCACAUCACUGGUGCACCUCCCCGCCUCGCCGCUCAAUUCGUCGCUGCGAGCGGAGGUGACAUCGAAUCUGCUGUUGCCAGCUACUAUGCUGCACAAGAAGACAACACCGAGGAUCCAGCCAACGAUUCCGAUUAUGUCGACGACGACGGACCCCAGGGGUCUCAUACUAGAUCGGCUGGUGGUGGCCACCGUUUAGGUGAUCCCUCAGACCCGUCAGCUGCGACCGCAUCAACAUCUUCCUCCAAGCCCUCCAAAGCCCCAAAUCAGAAGAAGUUCGCUACGCUCGGCGACUUCAACUCUGGCUCGAAAAAUGACGACGACGAUGAUGAUGACGAGAAGCAAGACUUCUUUGCAGGUGGCGAGAAGUCAGGCCUGGCCGUGCAAAAUCCAGAUGAUCUGAAGAAGCGCAUACUGGAGAAGGCACAGAGAGCUGGUCCGCCGCCCAAAGACGCUCCUUCCAAGAAGACACAUUUCAAGGGCGCCGCACACACUCUCGGUUCAGAUGAUACCCCCUCGCAAGAGAUUGCAGCCCCUCCACAGCCGCUUGCACCUCCGGAGAGAGUCGAACGCACACUUCACUUCUGGACUGAUGGCUUUUCUGUCGAUGACGGCGAUCUCUAUCGUUCUGACGAUCCCCGCAACGCUGAGCUGCUCGAGCUUAUUCGGCGUGGCCGGGCACCUCUCCGCAUCAUGAAUGUAUUGCCUGGUCAGGAGGUGGACGUUGAGAUCAAAGAGCACAAGGAGCAGCAGUAUGUCAAGCCUAAGAAAAAGUACAAGCCAUUUGAUGGGUCUGGCAACCGUCUUGGUAGCCCGACUCCUGGUGUCGGCGGCGUUCAAUCAAUGCCCGGCGCAUUCGAAGCUCCUGCUGCAUCUGCGCCAGCUGCCGCAGCUGUACCUGCCAACCCUGCCAACACAUUCGACGAGUCUCAGCCUACCAUUACAUUGCGGGUCAGCCUCGGUUCGGGCACACGGCUUACUUCACGCUUCAACACAACUCAGACAGUGGGUGACUUGUACGACUUUGUUCGACGGGCGGAGUCAGGCGGUAGAGAGUUCGUCAUGCAGACAACGUUUCCGUCCAACGAGCUGAAGGAUCUGGACCAGCAGCUUGGGGAUAUGCCGGAGUUCAAACGUGGUGGUGCCGUGGUCCAAAAGUACAUCUGA